AUGGUUGCAGUAAAGUUGUGCCGUCGGUGUCGGUGUCUUACCUAUUUGUGCUUUCCUGCAUUUCGCUUUACCUAUUGGCAAGUUGGGCAGGAAGUGACUUUGCAGUUCGCAGGACAAACGAUUCAACUCCUGGUAAAAUAUCUCGUGUUUGAUCCACUGUAA